AUGCCAGCUCCAUUUAAAGACUCGGCGCUGGGCUGUGACGGUGCUGUUAUGCAGAUGAGCCGUGAUGAGAUUGUUUGCAGAGGUGUGAUGGACAGUCGAGCUCUGUUUCCGUCUGCGUACAGAAUAAAGCGUGAGACGUACUCGCUGAUCAACCCCACGUUCCAGCGCUCGGUGGACGACGUCAACCUGCUUUUUGAGAUCCUGCUCGCUGGGAUGCAGAUAGAAGCUGAAGACAACACCAUGCUGAUCCCAGAUGAGGAGCUGGCUUCCCUGAGGUCCGUGGAAAAGCUGGAUGUCAUCUGCGAGGACGUCCUGCCCAAGAGGCUCUCCGACAUCCGGCGUCUGACAGCAGAGCUGGCCGGGCGCCGGCAGCGUCUGAGCUGGCAGGAGUUCGAGAGGACGGUGCUGACCCUGGUGUACGCCGCCCAGACGCUGGCUGGAUCCAGCAGCACGCAGCAGAGGGAGGCCUGGACGGACGCAGUGAUCCAGCUGUUCAGAGCCCUUCAGAGAGACCUCACUCCCUCCUGAGGUAGAACGAGAAGAUGUACAAUUCAUUCUCGUGCUCAUGUGUGUAAUUAUCAUCGCCUGACUGUAAACAUUAUGUACUUUUACACUUCUUAGCUCUACGUCAUCUUACUCACUUACAACACAACGUUUGCAAAAGCCAGUUAGAGAUUUGAACGAAUUUAAAAUAAUCCAUUUUCAUGCUUAACAGAACAAUAAACUUUACUGUUUCUAACAGGAAAUGGUGCCGUGUAUGAAGUUUAACACUGAAAUGCAGCUGUGCAUUAAACUUCACUACUUCCAGA